CGGGGGGCAGAUGUCCCCGCGGGCGGUCCCAUCCGCACGGAGCGGAGAGUGGCGAUGGCCCGGGUGGGCACCCCCGGAGGGAGCGGUGCGGAGGGCCGGGGUGCCGGCGGGAUCCCGCCAUCGGCUGCCCCCCGCCCCACCGCGGAGAGCCCCGCGGGGGGCGGGCUGCCCGGUUUUGGAGGGAGCCCGGCGCGCUGGGGGCGGGGAUGCCGGCCGAGCAGCUUGGCGGGCUGACCCCGGCCGCCCGCCUGCGCCGCACCCCGGCGGGACCCGGCUCCCCCGCCCUGGCACUUGGAGUGGGGUGCCUGUGGGGACACCCCCUCACAGCCCCGUCCCUGCGCUGGGGGGUCCCGCUGAGGGGUGUCCCGGCGGGGGGUGGGUGCCCCCGCGUGUGAGGCGCCGUCCCGGCAGCCCCUUCCUUCCCCUCAGGUUUUGGAGGGAGCCGCGCUCUCAGCCAGGCGGGAGUGCUGGGGGGGCGGGGCGGCCGUCCUGCCCCUCCCGCGUCCCCUCAGUACCCUCAGGAGCGGGUGGGUGUCGGAUCGGCCCUUCGGGAGGGGAGGGCGGGCGCCGGCGGUGCCCCCAGCCCAGCCUGACCCCGGCACAGGCCGCCGCCGCCUCCCCGCUCGCUGGAAAUUGGCGCGGAACCGGCGCGGCGGGAGCGCGGGCGGCUGCGCCCGGCCCGGCCCAUCGGGGCCCGGCCAUCCCGGCAGGUGUGGGGGGGGGCAUCGACCCGGGGGGAGCGGCAGCCUCAGAACGUGUGUCUGUGUAGGUGCCUGGAAUGGAGGGUGUGGGGGGACUAGAGGAGUCACAGUCCCAGGGGCUCCCCACAUCCUCUUGUGUGGGAAGUGUCCCUUUAUAACUUCUCUGCCCCCACCCCCAGGCAACCUGAGCUAAACUGCUGGCAUACCUGGGCACCCUGCAACAGGACGUGGAGCUGCCCGUGCUUAUAUACCACAGUCAAGCUAUGCUUGGGCAUUCCUCAGGCCAGGGGAAUACUCAUGCCCUUCUGUUUGAGCUGUGUGAACCAUGCUGCUCUUUGUGAUGAGUUCAUGACACAAAGUAGGGAAUUUGGUUCUAAUUUUGUGAGGAUGCACUAACUGAGCUUAUCCUAUUACUUUGAUCCAGGUAGAGAUCUUAUAGCCCAAAGAAGAUGUCAAGGCGCAGUAGCCGUUUGCAAGCCAAACAGCAGCAGCCACUGUCCUGUCAAGAAGAGGCUUCACAAGAACUGCAAGCACUAGAUUAUGUCCAGACCAGAAAAAGGAGAACAGCAGAGGAAAUUAAGAAAAGAGAAGAUGGGAAAAUUGCUAAAAAACAUCAAUACGAAAUUAAGAGUUGUUGGCCCCCCACGAUAACAGGAGGCAUCUCACCUUGCAUAAUUAUUGAAACACCUCACAAAGAAUCAGUAACCACUGACUUCUCAAGAUUCAAAAAAUACAGAUUCAGGAACCUCUUCAUAAAUCCAUCACCUUUGCCAGAACUCAACUGGGGAAAUUCCAAAGAUGUCUGGCUCAACAUCCUGACGAAGGAGAACCGAUACGCUCACUGCAAACACUUCACAUCACUACAUUCUAGUUUGCAGCCUCACAUGAGAUCGAUACUGCUAGACUGGCUCUUAGAGGUGUGUGAGGUGUAUGCACUCCACCGGGAAACCUUCUACCUAGCUCAAGACUUCUUUGAUAGAUUCAUGUUGACCCAAAAGAACAUUAACAAGAGCAUGCUUCAGCUCAUAGGAAUUACCUCAUUAUUUAUUGCCUCCAAACUUGAGGAAAUCUACGCUCCUAAAAUACAGGAAUUCGCUUAUGUCACUGAUGGUGCUUGCAGUGAAGAUGAUAUUGUAAGAAUGGAACUUAUUAUGUUAAAGGCUUUAAAAUGGGAACUCUGUCCAGUGACAAUUGUCUCUUGGCUGAACCUCUAUCUUCAAGUGGAUGCUCUGAAGGAUGUUCCAAAAGUGCUGCUACCUCAGUAUUCUCAGGAAAAAUUCAUUCAAAUAGCCCAGCUUUUAGACCUGUGUAUUCUGGAUGUGAAUUCUUUGGACUUCCAGUACAGAACACUAGCUGCUGCAGCGCUCUGCCACUAUACCUCAAUCGAAAUAGUUAAGAAAGCUUCAGGCUUAGAUUGGGACAGCAUUUCAGAGUGUGUACAAUGGAUGGUUCCUUUUGUGAAUGUGGCAAAAAAAGUCCCUGUGAAGCUGAAGAACUUUAAGAAGGUUGCAGCGGAAGAUCGACACAAUAUCCAGACCCACACAAAUUAUCUGGACAUGCUGGAAGAAGUGAACAGUGGAGUAGUGGCUACUGCCCCAGGGCAGUUAUCACCUGUGUCAACAGGAGGAAUAAUAACACCUCCAAAAAGCACAGAGAAGAAAUGAAAUACAGCCAAUUGUCAUGAACAGAUUCAGAAACAAGACUUGGUGCUUCAGAAAAAGAAAGACCACACUAAAGGUGACUCAAGCUCUUUACUGUUAGACUUGGGCAGUAAAAGACACAGCACAUGCAAACUGAGACCAGCAUCCUCCUACAGACUUGACAAAAAGAGCUCAGCUGAGCAUUGCACCCUGCUAUCACAAGAGCCUUGGACCACUUUGGUCCAUUCUGAUGUGACUUAAUGGUGAGAAUUGAAUUUUUAACUUAUGACUUUCAAGAAUAUUUUUAAUAGGGCUGGGUGGCAAGAUUUGUCAACUCAGCUUACAUGGCAGACUUGCUUUAAUUUGGCUUAGAUGAGCAAGAGAAUUUUGACAGCUUGUAUGUAUUACCUCUUCUUGACCCUUUUUCCUUUCCUGGUAAGGUCAGAGCUCACUCAUGUCAGUUUGUCCACCCAGCUCAGAGAGCAGUAUUACAGAGGCCUGUGGCAAGCACAUCUCUGAAACCACUCUGCAUGUGCAGGACAGUGCAGACAGCCUUGUAUCAAAUCCCAGCUCCACAGGAGGCUGAUGAAUUUAAGGCCCUUUAGGCCUGCCAUAAACUUCAGUUUUAGUGUAUCACUGACCUCAGGUAAGAGUACCAGCAAAGAACCUGCUGCUGCAGUAACCUGAACUGGAACAAGUACAGUCCCCAGACACCCACUUGGAACAAGAAAGAACAGUAUGAAAACUGGAGAAGGUAUGGAAAAAAGGGAACCACAGGUACUCUACAACCACUCCCAUCAUAGGAACAGUAUUUCAAACUGUGGAGCUGUAUGUUAUCAGUGUUUAUAAACAGCAUUAACUACUGUGUUUUCCUUGGAAUAUUCACUACCUCUGAGUCACUUCUGUGAUGAAGGGCAGUACUGGGAAAGAAGGGUAUCAGUCCUCCUCCCUCUUUCAUGAUGCUCCUAUCUGUGCCACAGAUCCAGGGACAAGUGUUACAUGACACUGAGCAGCCCACAAAGCUGCCCUAGAGCAUCAAGUGCCACCCACAUCCACAUUACACUCACAACAACUUGGCAAACUUGAAUUCAUGUCUUCUUCAAACAAGCCAUUGUGGAAUUA